AUGCACGAGCGACCUGGAGUGCUCGGCGGCGUUCUCGGAAUGUGCCACCGGCGGCUGCAGCGCGACGGUGACGGCGGCUGCAAACCGAUCAUAACCGCAAGCCCCGCCGGAGCCAAUUCCACACAAUUUGCUGACGUCCAAGACACCUGCGAUUUUGGGCACUAUUGCGUGGCCGUUUUUGACGACCCGCAGAAGCCCGGGUAUUAUCAGGGAUUCUGCUGCCCGAAUCCGACGCCCCGCGAGCCGGUCUGCCCCGUCGGAGAGCCCCACUCCAGCAGUCAGAUGCCCUCCUACGGGUGUGCCGGAUGCCCGGACGACCACUACUGCCAUCGGGAUACGGUAUCCACCGAGAAAGAGAUCUGCUGCCCAAAACCGUGCGUCUCCCUUGAAGACCUCUACUUCGACGGCCAGUGCUACCCGAUGGCCUAUAAUGGCGAUUCUUGCUUUGUGGACGAGCAAUGCGUCUCGCAACCCGCCCAGAAUACCCAGGAUUCGAGUGAGACUGCUAAAUUACGCUGUCUACAGAGCAUCUGCGCCUGUCCGCCCGGCUUUUCCUACACGGAUGGCGAGUGCAAAAGGAUUGAAUGCCGCGUUGGGCUACGUGGGGAACCGGCUGUGGAUCGCCUCGGAAAUUUGAUCAGAUGCGCUCGUUCCUCGGACUGUAGCCAGGGUUCGAUCUGCGACCCGACCGGACGCGUUUGCUGCAAAGGGAUGAAUCGUUGCCCCGCCGGCCACGUGGAGACCGGCGAGUCUUGCGGCCUGGCCUCCCCAUGCUCGUCGAUCGACGACAUUUGCCACAAGACGAUCAAGGGCAUCAGAAUGUGCUGCCGGCCGGAGGCG